CCGCUCCCGCAGCCCCGCUCCCGCAGCCGCCCCGCGAUGCUGCCGCUGCCGCCCCGCUCCUGCGACAGCUUCGUGGCGCUGCCGCCCGCCGCGCCGGGGGGCCGCCUGGUCUUCGGGAAGAACUCGGACCGGCCGGCCGAUGAGGUGCAGGAGGUCGUGCACUUCCCGGCCGCCGCGCACCCGCCCGGCGCCGCGCUGCAGUGCACCUACAUCAGCAUCGAGCAGGCGGAGCGGACCCACGCCGUGGUGCUGAGCCGGCCCGCCUGGCUCUGGGGGGCCGAGAUGGGGGCCAACGAGCACGGCGUCUGCAUCGGGAACGAGGCGGUGUGGGGCCGGGAGCGCGUCUGCGGGCGGGAAGCGCUCCUGGGCAUGGACCUCGUCAGGCUUGGACUUGAGAGAGCGGACACAGCUGAGAAGGCUCUAACUGUCAUAGUUGAUUUGCUAGAAAAAUAUGGACAGGGAGGAAACUGUAUGGAGAGCCAAAUGGUAUUUACAUACCAUAACAGUUUUCUGAUAGCCGACAGAAAGGAAGCAUGGGUGCUGGAGACAUCAGGAAAAUACUGGGCAGCAGAAAAAGUCGAAGGAGGCAUACGGAAUAUUUCCAACCAGUUCUCUAUCACAACCAAGAUUGACAGAGAACACCCAGAAUUAAAGGAAUAUGCCAAAAGCCAGGGCUGGUGGGAUGAGAAAGAGGAAUUUGAUUUUGCUGCCACAUAUUCUUACGUAAAUACUGCCAGAAUGACCACAUCUGGAGACCGAUAUUGUGAAGGCUACAAACUUCUGAACAAACACAAAGGAUCUAUCACUCCUGAAAUAAUGAUGGAAAUUCUUCGUGACAAAGAGAGUGGCAUUAAUAUGCAAGGUGGAUUUAUGACAACUGGAAGCAUGGUGUCUGUAUUGCCUCAGCAGCCUGAUCUGCCAUGUAUUCACUUCUUUACUGGAACUCCAGAUCCUGCGAGGUCUGUAUUCAAGCCUUUCAUUUUUGUUCCCAAUAUUAGUAAGUUACUAAAAACUAGUUCCCCUACAUUUGGUCUUGAUGAUCCAGUUAAGAAGCAACCACGUUUUCAGAGUAAGCCAGAUCGAAGACAUGAGCUCUAUAAAAAACAUGAAAGUGCUGCGGCAGUUAUGGAAACUAUCAAGGACAAAGGUAAAGAGAUGCUGAAAGAGAUACAGGAGUUGGAGAAACGGAAGAUCAGUGAAAUGGAAUCAAUCCUGCAAAAUGGAUGUCUUGACAUGAACCAAGUGGUUAACCUUUUUUCACAGUGUGUAGAAGAAGAACUCAAAAUAUAUAGCUAAAGCUACUAUUUGAAUGUGGUAAAACAUGGUUCUAUGAUUACCUCUUCUAAUGAAGUGGUUGUAUAGAUUACAUCUUAUUUUCAAUAUACCAGUUCAUAUGGACAGUUUUAAAGAUGUGGAUUCAUAUUCAGGCCAAACAGCUUUUAGUUGUAUGAAGCAAUGCUGUAAAGGCUCUUAAGAGCUAGGCAGUGGCUUUGUCUGUGAGUGGCAUAAAGCUGUUAGCAGAGAUUGGUUCUGCUGACAAAACAGAUAGAAUUAGAAUGCAAUAGCUUGGCUAAAUUGUGGAAUGACCCCAUCUCUGGAUAAAGAACACAAAUGCAGAUUUUUAGAACUCAGUACUAGUGAACACACGUAGCUUUUAUAGUCAAGAUACAUGUAGCAGAAUUUCACAUUGUCUGAAUUAAAAUGGCCAUGCUGAAGGACUUUCUAAAGUAGAACCUAUUAUUCACACUGAAUAAAAAGGAAAUUGAUAUGCAAGUCAAAUAAGAUUGAUAUUCAGCUGUUAGAUAAAAUCACAUUUCAUAUAUGAACCUUCUACUCCUUCAAUGUAAAAUGAGGCUGAGGGUUUAAGGUAUAUUAAGACCAAAUCACAAUUACAAUUUUACUAUGAUUUGUUGUGAAAACCAGCUACAUGGAAUUAAAUGCAAGCAACCUGCAAAUUACCACACAAUUUUAACUUCUAUUUUCCCCACCCUGACACUGAAAAAUAAAUUAACUUAUUUACAUAAAA